AAAUUAUGAAGGACGAAAAAUUGAAUGGAAAUCAAAUGUCUUAAUAAACAGCUGAAUAAUUAAAGAAGUAGGUUUUUGAAUACAAGAAACUUUAAGAAAGCUUUUCAAAGAGAUUUUAAUAAGAUAGCAACAUCCAAUUUUACAUUUUAAGCACAAAGUAUUUAAAAUGGAAAAUUUAAGAUGGCUUAAUUAAUGGAAGAAAUAUGUCUCCUAUGAUGAGAUAGUGGCUAAUAAAGCACCAAGUAUGUAAUUCGGGAGAAUAAAACUUGAUAGAAUUAAUGAUGAUUUAAAGGAUUUUGUGAAUCAAAGCUUCAAGUAUCAUCCAAAUGAAAAUCAUCCUUGGAAUACAUUUAUGAAAUAAAGCUUAUAGGAAAAUGUUGAUUAUGUGGUUAUUGAUAAGGAAAUUUGGGAUUUGUUUUAAUCUUACCAUCAAAAUUGUCUAGAAAUAAUCAGAACAUCUAAUGGUAAUGGAAAAGAUAAACAAGUUUCUGUAAAUUUAUUAAGAGUAUACAAUAAAAUAAUUUUUAGUUUAAAUGUGUAUUUCUAGACCCUUCAUUGAUCGAUUAAAUAUCUAGUGGCAAGAAGUUCAAGCAAACAAUUGAUAUUGAAUUUAUGCAAGUUGAUAGAAAGAUGAAAUUAAAAGAUUAUUAUGGAUUAUUACAAACAACAAUAAAUACUUUUUAAGGAAGUUUUGAAAAAGGAAGUAAUUCUGUGAAAUUAUGGAGAUAUGUUACAGAUUAAUAGGAUCCAUUUAAAACUUUAUAUAAUGAAAUUUACAAAGAAUUCAGCUCAGAAUAUAUUAAUCAGGACAUGUGCUUUUAUUUAAAUGCAGAAUUACUAACUCAUGAUAAAUAUGAAUAUAUUGAAGAUAUUGGUAUUAUUGAUAAUAAUAUUAUUUUGUUUGAAGUAAUUAUAUAAAUUAUUCAAAAAGUUCAAAUAUGGAAAUAGACUAUGGUGUGUAAGUAGUUAACCUGUUAGUAAAGACAAACAGAAAAUUUAAAAUCAAAAUUCAAAUUCAAAUUAAAAUUACAAUUAAAAUUACAAUUACAAUUACAAUUAGUAUGAGAGCUUAACAUAUGAAAAGAGUUGUUCAGAUGAUGAAACUGUAAAAUCUUUAACUCUUACAUAAAAAUCAAUUAAGGGAAUUGUGGGUUUAAGUAAUUUAGGAAAUACAUGUUUUAUGAAUAGUGGAACUUAAUGUAUUUCUAACUCAUAUCCUUUGGUUGAAUAUUUUUUGAAAAAUUUAUAUUUUGAUGAAAUUAAUAUGGAUAACCCUCUAGGUACCAAAGGAUAAUUAGUAAAGAAAGUAGGAUCAUUGAUUAAAAAAAUGUGGUGUGGAGAUAAACAAACAAUAACACCUAUAAACUAUAAAAAGGCUGUUGGCUAAUUUUAACCAAUGUUUAGUGGGUAUGACUAACAUGAUUCAUCCGAAUUAAUAACAUUUGUUUUAGAUGGAAUUCAUGAAGAUUUAAAUAGAGUUAAAAAGAAACCAUAUAUUGAAACUCAAGCAUAUGAUGGUAGACCUGAUUUUAUUGUUGCUAAAGAAAGUUGGUUAAACCAUCUUGCUAGAAAUUAAUCAAUUAUUGUUGAUCUAAUGCAUGGUCAAUAUAAAUCUACUCUAUAAUGUCCUACUUGUAAAUAAGUCUCAAUUACUUUUGAUCCUUAUUUAAUUGUAUAAUUAGGUAUUCCAACUUAUAAAAAGAGAACUAUUACAUUCAAAUAUUAUAAAGAUUUUUUUUAAAGUUCAUUUAUAACAAUACCGUUUGAUAAAAAUAAAAAACUUCCUUUAAAAGAGUAUUUAAAGCAUCUUGGAGUAAUAUUAAAGGUAGAUUCACAACAUUUAUUUGGAUAUAUUCGUACAUAUGAUUCUUAUUAUGAUUUUUUUGAUGAAAAUAAAUCAAUUAUUGAUAUAAGAAAGUCUUCAAAAAGAUCAUAACUUUGCUUUAGAAAAUUAACAUAAGAAGAAAUUUUAAUGAAAAAAAAAAUUCCUAUUAAAUUUUCAAAUAAAUAUUAUGAAGGUUCAUCAUCAAUAUCAUUUGAUUAAGCUGGUGUAUUUAUCUUAGAUAUAUAAAUGACAUUAAAAUAAGUUCAUUUAUUAAUUUUUAGCAAUUUUUAGUAGUUUUUUACUGGUUAUAAUACAUUAAAUUAUAAAAAUUAAGUCUUAAAUUAAGUAAUUAUAUGAAUCUAUUAUUAAGUAUUAUACUCUACUUUAUAAAACAAAUUAAAAUUACUGGAAUUCAUGUGCUUUUUGCAAUUCAUAAUCUUGUCAGGAUUGUGAAAUCAAAUUUGAUGAUGAAACAGUUGAAUAAGUAGUAAAUAAAGCUUUGAAAAUUGAUAAAAAUAUAAAUUUUGAAAUUAUUAUACUUUGGAAAUAAAGUCCAUUUAAAUAAGUUAGAUUACUGGAUAUUUUUAAUUAUUUUGUCAAAUAAUAUAAAAUAGAAGGUAAAAUUAAUAUUAAAAGAUUUAAGAUGAGAAUAAUAAUUUAACUAACCAAUUUUCUAGUUCUACGAACUACAAUUCCUCCUCAAACACUGUUACUCUUUAUGAUUGUUUGUAAUAUUCAUAGAUACCUGAAUAACUUAAUCCAGAUAAUACUUGGUAUUGUAAAGUAUGUUAAGAACAUGUUUAAGCAUUUAAAAGCAUGUAAAUAUAUAAGGUUUAAAUUUUUCAUAUUUAUAUAUAGGCUCCUUAAAUAUUAAUUUUUACAUUAAAGAGGUUUAAAACUUCAAAUAUAUAAUUUAAAUAAAAACUUGAAACCUUUGUCGAUUUUCCGAUUGAAAAUCUUGAUAUGACAGAUUACUUAAUUAAUUCAAAUACUCCUAAAGAAUUUCAUAAAGAAAAUAUGACUAAUAAUGGAGAAAUUAAUAAAAAAUAGGUUAUUUAUGAUUUAUAUGCUAUUUCUAAUCAUUUUGGUGGAAUAGGAGGCGGACAUUACACAGCCUUUGCAAAAAAUAAAGUAAUUUCGAAUAUAAUUUCAUUAGUUCACUAAUAAAUGGUAUGAUUUUGAUGACUCAUCUGUUAGUCAAAUAAGCGAAUCAAUGGUUGUUUCAAAAUCAGCUUAUGUAUUAUGCUACUAAUUGAGAACAAAUUUCUAAGAAAUAACAAAGCAAAAGCUGAAAGAAUGAAUAUAAAUUUAAAAAAG